UCCCCCUCCGCAUUCUCCUCUUGUUCUAACACCUCUCUUGGCCUUAACAUCCUGUUGAUCUUUAAGAGGAGGUGGGGCUCACAAGGAAACAAUAGUGAAAUACCCCUAGCAGUCAGUGAAUAUGGAUUCCUGGACAUUAAAGGGUCAACGGCUGAGUGUGGGUUGAGACUCCCUGGAGACAAUCUGUGUGCUUGGGUAGAGCCCAUUCCAGAGGUGAGAGAGAAGGAAGCAAACAUGCUGCUGCUUCUCUCUUUCUGAAAGUGUUUCUUGUGUCCCUCCACUCCUUUCCUCCAGAGCUGACCCAAGACCCAGCACAGACAGCAAGACAGCCCUCCGCUUCCCAGAUUGAGCCAACAAAUCUCAAAAACAACCAAACAAAAAAAGUCCUAUGGUCUUUCCUCUCAUCACAAUCCCCUUCCUCUGACAUCAUGGAAGCAGGGAGUGUCUUCUCUCCUCAGAGCAGGCCUCUCAGGACAACACUCAGACAGAGAAGGCUCCAGGGGCCAUGAGGAUGCCUGUCCCUUCCUCUCCACCACACCCACCUCUGCCCUCCCUCCUGCUGACUCUGCUUCUGGGAUUCACACGAACUUCAGGUGAAGAGUUCCAGGUGAACCAGCCUGAGAGUUCAGUGUCAGUCAGAGCUGGAGACAUCUUAACACUGGGCUGCAACGUGUCUGCUCCCUCCCCAGGAGGGCCUGUCUUGUGGUUCAGGGAGAAUGGGCCAGAACGACGAUUAAUCUACAGUUUCAAUGGAAGCCACUUCCCCCGAGUAAACCAAGUGGGAAAAACAGAGGUCAAUCAAACAGACUAUUCCAUCCGCAUCAAUGAUGUGUCACCCAAGGAUGGGGGCACCUAUUACUGUGUGAAGUUAACAAUAGGGCACCCUGACAUGGCGUAUGUAUCUGGCUCAGGCACCUAUGUGUCUGUGAAUGGAUCCUCACGUGAAACAUCCCAGGUGCAACAAGCAGAGAUGACACAGACUGUAUCAACUGGAGACACAAUCACCUUGAGCUGCAGUGUACCAGAUUCAUUACCGCAAGGACCUGUCUUAUGGUUCAAGGGAACUGGGCCAAGCCGGAAAUUAAUCUACAGUUUCAAGGGAGGUCUCUUUCACAGAGUAAAAGAAAUUGGACGCACCACCAAAGCUGGCAAAACAGACUUUUCCAUCCGCAUCAGUGAAAUCUCUCAUGCAGACGCUGGCACCUACUACUGCGUGAAGUUCAAGGAGGGGAAACCUGACAUGGAGUUCCAGGCAGGUCCAGGCACCAAGGUGUUUGUGACCAGAACAAGCAAUCAUUUUGGCCCAGGUGCUCCAGAGAGACAUCUUAUGACCAUGAGGGGAACCAAGCUGAGGAAAAAUCUGCUCUAGAGAAGUUCAAAGAUGUAAAGAAUGUGGGUUGACAACAUGGCGCGGCCAUACCAUUCCUGGUUCUAACCCCACUUCUGGACCUCCAUGUUAUGGGAGAAAAAACAUCUCCUUGUUAAGCCAGUUUGCUCAAAGUCACUAUCCUAAGGGAUGCCAGGUGAUAAAGUUUCCACAUCCACAGGGCACUAAAGUACAAUUUCAAAUCAUGUUUUUUGCUGUUCCUAAAGCCUUACUUCUUAAUUUUAUUUUUCUAUUUUGUCAUAAUCGCUGAACUCUGAGCAAUACCCAGAGUGAGAAAUGAUUAAAUUGGUGACAUUACAA